AUGCAGUGUGGAAGAGGUGACCCAAGCCCAUGUAAAAGUCCGUGCGCGUGCGUGUCACCCCAGGACGCACGCGGCAAAGGGCACGCGCCCCAUCACGAACAUAGAUCCACAGUGACGCGCGUCCAGGAGAAAGUCUGUGUGUGGCGUUGGGUCAGACCUCAGACCCUGGUCCAGUCUCGGAGCGCGCGCUUGCCGCUCCUUUGCGCGCGGCACAAGUUUGGAGCGGUGCGGUGCAACGCGGAGAAGAGCGAACUACAGACUGAAGAGCGGCACAGAGCGCAGCGCUCAGAGAAGAGGAGGGGGCGGGGGGGGGGGGGGGGGGGGGGUAUCGCGAGAACAGCUGCCCCGGGACACCUCUGUGCACGCAUGCAGCGUAUAGUCCAGUUUUGGGGCUCGCAGGAGAUGGAUGUGAAGGCUUCUGUCGGUAAGAAUGGCCAGGCCUCGGACUCUGCAGAUACAAGCUCCUCUGGACCCGGGUCCGGUCCUCCCUCUGGUCCUCCCUCUGGUACGUCCUGCUUCAGUCUGGUCCUGGUCUUGGCACUGAUCGGCCUCUGGAGCUCCAUGGCAGUCGUGUACUUUGAUGUUGUCGACUACGAGUCAGUUCUGGCCAGAGCGAAGGAGCUGCGGCUAAACUUUACUCACGUUUUACAAGGUCGAUUGUCGGCGUAUGACACAGACGCAGACGGAGACUUUGAUUUGGACGAUGCUAAAGUUCUCCUCGGACUGAAGAUGCGGGAGAAGACUGUGACACCCCCUGCUGAAGAAAAAACAGAGUCUGGUGCUGAUCACAGCUUCGUCCCAGACCACGUCGGAGGAGACAGUUUUUUUUCUCAUGCGUCGGAGCAGGAGCAGAAGCAGAAGCUGGAGACGCCAAUCGAUUCAACCGGAGUUCUGGUGCAGGAGCCGCAGGAAACAGUCUUGGAGUCGGAGCAGUUUGUAACCAGCUCGAAAGUCCCCUCAGACUCAGAAUCAGCAGCAGACGAACAAACGAGAUCUGAGAAACCGUCAGACGAACAAACGAGAUCUGAGAAACCGUCAGACGAACAAACGAGAUCUGAGAAGAGAUCAGAUCCAGUUGAGGCUGAAGACUCGUUCGUCGCUCACACAGAGAAGCUUCCGAACAAAGACAAAGAGAAGAAGGAAAAACCCAAACUUUGGAAUGCAUUUGACAAAAGCAUCAAGAGUGAGAUUGACACCGCAGAGAAGCUCCGGAAAAAGGGACAGCUGCAGGGGGCGCUGCAGGCCUUUGAAGCACUGGUGCAGAGGUACCCCCACAGCCCCAGGGCCCGCUAUGGCAGAGCACAGUGUGAAGACGACAUGGCCGAGAAGCGACGCAGUAACGACUUGUUGCAGAAGGCCAUAAACUCGUACGGAGAACUGUGGGAGCUGCCUGACGUCACACCGGACCUCCUAAAGGUGGCGCUGAAGAGGCGAGCCGAGAGACAGCAGUUCUUGGGCCGGAUCCGCGGGUCCCUGUCCACGCUGCAGAGACUCGUACAGACAUUUCCCGAAGAUUAUUCUCUGAAAAAUGACCUGGGAAUUUCACACCUGCUGUUGGGAGACAACAAGGCGGCGAAAGUAGUGUAUGGAGAGGUUUUGGCUGUCGCUCCUGAUGACGGUUUUGCCAAAGUUCACUACGGCUUCAUCUUAAAAUCAGAAAACCAGAUCGCUGAGAGUAUCCCUUACCUGCGGGGGGGUCUGGAGUCUGGGCAGCCCGGCACCGACGACGGACGAUUCUACUUCCACCUUGGAGACGCCCUGCAGAGAGUGGGACAGAGAGAGGAGGCUCACCGCUGGUACGAGAGCGGCCACCAGAGGGGGCACUUUCCGUCCGUCUGGCAGAGGUCUCUGUACAACGUAAAUGGUCUGAGGGCCCAGGCCUGGUGGAGGGCAGAGGAGACGGGCUACACCGAGCUGGUCCAGACCUUGGAGAGACACUGGAAGAUAAUCCGGGAUGAGGCCCUGAAGGUGAUGGACCUGAAGUCUGGACUCUUCCUGCCUGAAGACGAGAACCUGAGAGAAACCGGAGACUGGGGCCAAUACACUCUGUGGCAACAAGGUCGUAGGGCUGGUCCUGCGUGUGAGAACGUUCCUCAGACCUGCGCGCUGCUGGAGAAAUUUCCAGAAGCGACACGCUGUAAACGAGGACAGAUCAAGUUCUCAGUGAUGCGUCCUGGGACCCACGUCUGGCCUCACACCGGCCCCACUAACUGCAGGCUGAGGAUGCACCUGGGGCUGGUGGUGCCAGAGUCCGGCUGCCGCAUCCGGGUCACAAACGACGAGAGGACGUGGCAGGAGGGGAAGGUGCUGAUCUUUGACGACUCAUUUGAACACGAGGUCUGGCAGGACGCAGAGUCUCAGCGGCUCAUUUUCAUCGUGGACGUUUGGCAUCCAGAGCUGACGCCGCUGCAGAGACAAACGCUCAGUCCCAUCUGA